GCCGGGAAGGGCCGUGGGCAGCAGCGGGCGAUGGCGGCGGCGCGGGUCCCCCCGCGGCGGCGACGGCGGCGGCUGCGGCGGCGGCUCUGAGCGGGGCGGCGGCGAUGCGCGGCGCUCCCGGCGACGAUGGAGGACCGGUCCCACAAGGUGCUGCUGGCGCUGGUGAUGCUCUUCCUCUUCGCCGUGAUCGUGCUGCAGUACGUCUGCCCGGGCACCGAGUGCCAGCUCCUGCGGCUCCGCGCCCUCAGCCCCGCCGCCGCCGCCGACCCGUACCGGGCGGAGGACGAGACGCCGGCGCGUUUCGUUCCCCGUUUCAAUUUCUCCGCCGACGACUUGAUGCGGCGGGUGGACUUCAACAUCAAGGGGGACGACCUGAUCGUGUUCCUGCACAUCCAGAAGACGGGCGGCACCACCUUCGGGCGGCACCUGGUCCGCAACAUCCAGCUGGAGCAGCCGUGCGAGUGCCGCGCCGGGCAGAAGAAGUGCACCUGCCACCGGCCCGGCAAGCGGGAGACCUGGCUCUUCUCCCGCUUCUCCACCGGCUGGAGCUGCGGGCUGCACGCCGACUGGACCGAGCUCACCAACUGCGUGCCCUCCGUGGUGGACAGCAAGAAGGAGGUGCGGCUCCGGCCCUCCAGGAAUUUCUACUACAUCACCAUCCUGCGUGACCCCGUGUCCCGAUACCUGAGCGAAUGGCGCCACGUCCAGCGCGGAGCGACGUGGAAGGCGUCGCUGCACGUCUGCGACGGCCGCUCCCCCACCACCGAGGAGCUGCCCAGCUGCUACACUGGGGACGACUGGUCGGGCUGUUCCCUGCAGGAGUUCAUGGAUUGCCCCUACAACCUGGCCAACAACCGCCAGGUCCGCAUGCUCUCCGACCUCAGCCUGGUGGGAUGCUACAACCUGUCGGUCAUGCCCGAGGAGCAGAGAAAUAAGGUUCUGCUGGACAGUGCCAAGGAGAACCUGAAGCGGAUGGCCUUCUUCGGCCUGACCGAGUUCCAGCGCAAGACUCAGUAUCUCUUUGAGAAGACUUUCAACAUGAACUUCAUCUCGCCGUUCACGCAGUACAAUAGCACAAGGGCCUCCAGCGUGGAGAUAGACAAGCAGACUCAGCAGCGUAUCGAGGCCCUCAAUUUUUUAGACAUGGAAUUGUACGAUUAUGCAAAAGACCUGUUUUUGCAGCGGUACCAGUACAUGCGGCAGAAGGAGCACCAGGAGGCGCGGCGGAAACGCCAGGAGCAGCGGAAGAUCCUGCGGGCGAAGCAGGCGCACCUGAGGGAGCAGGGGGAGAACGGCUCCAGCACUGACUACACAGGGAACGUGGAGCGGUGGCGGCGAUAGUGGGGGGCACCUGGCAGGCGCAGAAAAGAAGCAGAGCCCAACCCAACCUGCAAACCGGAGAUGACAAGUGAUGCUUCUCAAGGGUCUGAAGCAAAAAGAGGUCAAAAUGUUGCCUUUGCAGUUGCCUUUGCAGUAAAUGUUGUACUGUACGUGGAACACUUAAUCUUAGCGUGUAAUUAAAUUGUCCUUUUUGGGUUUGUUGGAUUAUUUAUGAAAUACAGGAGCCGUCUCGGCUCAUCGGAAAUGUUUGCUUGGACAUUUAUUUAAAAGAAGCGAAAGAAAAAAAAUCCUUAAAUUAGUUAUGACUACAAAAUGGGAUGCUGGAAAAUGUUUAUGAUGCUCGCCUGAAAUCUAUCUGGGAAGCAAACUCAUUUCCUAAUAACGAGCAUUUAGCAUACUCUCACAAUACAGUAUAUGAACAAAACCUUUUCCCUUUGAUUUUAUUUUAAUUUUAUUUUAAUAAUGUGUUUUCAAGGGCACCAACUGCUUAUGAUAUUUACCAAGUUAAUGAGUGAACGAUGAAGGGAACAAUAAAGGUCUAGAAAAAUUGUCGACUAGUUUUAUGUAUAAUAUUGGCUUUUAAAAGGAAUAGAAGUAAUUUCUCUAGUUAUAUAAAUAUUUAAAAUUUUAAACUUUUUCUACCUACUGCUGUUUAGAGUUUUAAGCUUGGUCUAUCUCAUAUUAAAAAAAAAGAAAAAAAAAAGACAUACAUACUUUUCUGAACUCAAUGCUGACGUUAUGGACACUGUUUCCAGAAUUUUUCAGGGCAGUAUGAUUUUAACCAUUCUGGAAAAGUCACAGCACAUUCUCAUGUUUGUUUCAUAAAGCCUUCUCCAAAUUAUAAUCCUGUGACAGUGUCUCAUUUUAAGUCUUUCUUGCCCAUUAGAAUACAUAAUGCUGAAUUUAUCAUUCCUUAAUAAUUGGUGGUAUAAACUAGAUGAAAUUAUGUUGCCGAUAUUUGUGUAGUGUCUUUAAAAAUCAUAAAACUCUCUAAUCCCAGCAAUAUUAUGAAGAGAAUUGCUCAAUGGAAGUAGAUUUAACUUGAAUUAGGAUUUACUUCCGGUAAAUCUUUGCUACACCAGAUAAGAACAGGGCUUUUUUUUUUUCCUAUGCUCUUGAGCCCUUCAUAGCGAUGAGGGAUGAGGACUGAAAAUGAUGGAAGCCAGUUUUCCAUAGCCAUAGUUAGACAGGAGGAGAAGGAUGUGUGGUGCAUGGGGUGCAGGCUCAGCUGGGGAGCGGGGUCCCCGCAGCCCUCCAGCCUCCCCCAGACCCACAGGGAGAGCAAACGGGGCACGUGCUGCGAGGGGCUCCUAUAAAUCUCUAUGCAAAAAAAUAUAAACCUCUGCAAGGCUUGGGCCAGACAUUCAGCAGGUUCAGAACAUUUGUCCUGCAGUGCUCCCGAGCUUGGCACUGAGCACACACCCGGGAAGGGCCCUCUGUGGCCCCAGGGACGCGAUGCUUACAAGGCUCACUUGCACUCUUGCCUUUCACCUGUAAUGUGCUCUAUACACCAUGGAGGCAGGGGGCAGGAAAUGAGGCAGAAGGCUUUAAAAACAUCUUAGGGCUCCACGCCUAAGUUACCUGGGAGUGGUUUUACAUCUGAUGUUGUGUGGCAGCCUGGGGGCAGCAACCCUGCCAAGGGCAAGGGGAGAGCAGAGCAGCAGCAAGCCAAUACCCUGCAUUAGCAGCUUUGAGAAGAGAAUAACUUCAUGUACAGCAAUUUAUUUUUUUUUUUUAAAUGAGAACUGCAGUUGCCAAUAUGAUGUCUCAGUUGUAUUUUGGUUUUCACGGGGGAAAAUAAUUCGCUCUUGAAACUGAAAGGCACUGCUGUAAACAGGACUUAACUGUGGGCGAGCUGGAGGCCUGUUGCAGGAGGUGCAUCUUGUUUUUAUGCUGUGGUGUGCAUGGUUUACAGAGACUAGUUGCAUUUUCUUUGUGUAUACUGUCUAUUGUAUAUAGGGGAUGUACGAAUAUAAGGAUACCAUUUUGUCAUAACCAUAUCAAAUUCUACUGAUUUCCACCGUAGACGCUGUCUUAUUGUGUAGAUUUACAGGCCAAUCCACUGACUUUGAUUGUGUCAUUUAACAAUAGAACUGAUAAAUAAAAUUUAACUACAGAC